GGAAAACCCGGUAAUGAUUUCUCAGCUGUGAUGGCUAUUUUCCUGGUUACUAAACCAGGUGGUGUGAAGGGUUAGAUAUCUGAAAGCUAAGCCUAUAGGCCCAGGAGGUUUGGGCUUUAAUUAGCGUCUGGCCUCUUUCACGCUCUCUUCAUUGCCCGGGGAACAGGAGAGGAGAAAGCAGCCAGCUCCUCGUUUGGACCCGUUUUCCUCUUCAUGCCCCUGCCUGGAGUGUGGAGAAGCGUCCUUGAGAGCGAGGGUUAUCUUCGAAUGAAGCUGGAGAGAACGAAGCUGGCCCAGCACACACCCGCCCCGUGCCCAGACAGCGGGCACACCUUCCGUCUGUAAACAGCCAGCCGCAGAAAGGCAAACAGGUGACACGUAGGCUGACAGCUGGGGCCCCAACAGGUGGAGCGAGGCAAAAGACUUCCCACCGGCGAUCCCGAGGAGGCCCGGAUCCGGAUGUCCCCUUCUCCCAGGUGGUUGUGAGACUCUUCGAAGCGGAGCCGGAGAGAGGGCCGAGUCUGGAAAACCAGGUCCCCGAGGAGGGUCUCUGGACGCUCGCCCUGUGUCGGUUUGAAUUUCCCGUUGACAGAUCGCCACGGAGAUUGAGGUGAACCACUGAGUCCUCAUUAUGUCUGAUGGGGACUACGAUUACCUUAUCAAAUUUUUAGCCCUGGGCGACUCUGGGGUAGGGAAGACCAGCGUGCUUUAUCAGUACACAGACGGCAAAUUCAACUCCAAGUUCAUUACUACCGUGGGUAUUGACUUCAGGGAAAAGAGAGUGGUGUACAGAGCCAACGGGCCCGAUGGAAGCAUCGGCAGAGGACAGAGAAUCCACCUGCAGCUCUGGGACACGGCAGGCCAGGAGAGGUUUCGUAGCUUGACGACUGCUUUCUUCAGAGAUGCCAUGGGCUUUCUUCUGCUUUUUGAUCUGACCAAUGAGCAGAGUUUCCUCAAUGUCCGAAAUUGGAUCAGCCAGCUGCAGAUGCACGCGUACUGCGAAAACCCCGACAUUGUGCUGUGUGGCAACAAGAGUGACCUAGAGGAGCAGCGCGUAGUCAGAGAAGAGGAGGCGAGAGACCUUGCUGAGAAAUAUGGGAUCCCGUACCUGGAGACGAGUGCCGCCACCGGGGCCAACGUGGGCAAGGCCAUCGAGACGCUCCUGGACCUGAUCAUGAAGCGCAUGGAACGGUGCGUGGACCGCUCCUGGAUCCCGGAAGGGGUGGUGCGCUCCAACGGCCACGGCUCCCCCGACCGCUUCCAAGACAAGGAGAAGGGCGGGUGCGGUUGUUGAGCGGCCGGGGAAGGCCCCGGGCCGUGGCGGAGCCGUGGACUCUCUUUACGGUCGGAAUCCGGGCCGGUGGCGGUUUACGGGGCCGAGGCGCCGGCCCCCGUUGACCCCCGGCCGGUCCGGCGUCCAUCCGGGUCUCGCCCCGCCACCUUAGCCCACGAUGGGAAGCCGUUCCCGCCAAAGCAGUCGCCGGCCGGUCGCACGUGCCCGGGCGGUGGUCACCGUGCCGCUCUCCCGACUCUCCCCCUUCCUUCUUCCCGAGCCCGGGAAGCCGCCAUCGGACUGGGCCUCGGGCGGCACCGCUGGAACUCGAGUUUUCUAAACUCCAACCAUACCCGAGACGGGAGCCAAAAACCCCACCGGAGGCGACGGUCCAGACCCGUUCAGUCGAGUCCAUCUCUGAGGAGGCCCGCUCACCGACCCGCCAUUGUCUCAACAGGACCGAGGGGCAGAAUAAGCGUUCAACCCCGUUUCCGCCGAGCUCUUGCUCUGCCCUGAAAUGGUCUGCGCCACACCACACGUGAAGCGCCUUUCCCUUCCAACCUGGAUUGAAAAUGGUAUGGGUCCAGUGUGGUGAGACGUCAUACCUGGAAAUCUCCACGAUUUAGCGAUCGGGUGGCGGACGCGAGUCCCCAGGGCCUCUUUCCUCUCCCUUGUCCAUUUCCUGUCCCAAUUAUGGAUGAACUGUGGGAGAGCAUUUUUUGGUUGUUUUUUUUAGGGGGAGGGGUUUGGGUGGGAGCACUCCUUUUCACUGCCCUCGAGGGGAUUUUAUUUACCGUCCAAUAGACGGGAAAUCUCGGCCGGGGUUGAUCGCGAUUACGAACAGAACGACGAUAAUUGUGGUAUUUAAGCGUUUACCACCAGCCAGACCCUCUAAGCGCUGGCUAGAAACGAGCACCGUCCCUGCUCCGCGUGGGACUCACCAUCUCAGUCCCCAUUUUACAGAUGAGGUAGGUGAGGCACAGAGGAGUGAAACGACUUGGCCAGGGUCACGCGGCAGACACGUGGCAGAGCCAAGAUCAGAAUCCAGAACACGUAUAAUAUAUAAUAUUCAGCAUGAUCGUCAGCAGUGCCCGCCACACACCUCUCUGGCCCAGACUGGGCUCACAAAACGUAUUUCCAAAUCCGAGUAUGCCAAUUUAAAAACAGGGCAGUUGGAGGGAUAGAUCACUAAGACGUGUUUCCUGCAGUUAGUGCCGUUAGUUCCCCUCUGAGAGAGACUUUUUACGCAUUAAAAUACCGGUGGACCUGUGGGUGACCCCAAGGUUCCUGAACCGCAACAUGAGAUGAAGUCUUCUCAGGUGGCUGUCCCUUUCCGACGAAGGUCGGUGUGCGCAGGAAGCUUGCGUCAUUUGGGAAAACAGGGUUAAAUAGCGUUAAAACCCUUGGGUAAAUUUUGGAUGCGCUAUUAAAUGCAACAUUGUGAUAGAAUCAACACCCCUGAACAGGAAAAGGGGGGAUUCCAGUAAAACAUAGCAAGACUUAUCCUGCUCACUGCCCCAAAUGUGGGAUUCUACCCUGGAGUUGGACCAGGUGGGAAUUAAGGCAGGCAGAGGAUAACGAGCCAGUUAUGCUUCACAUCUAACUAGGCCGGAAACCCCGGAAAGAGAUUUGGGAUCAUUUGGGAAGGAUCCCAUCACAUUCCCCAGUGCCUUGAGGACUACCUCUGUCCUCAGUGGACUAAAUAAGAAUAUUUGGGUUGGCUCAAGGUUUUUUUUUUAAUUAACACUUGAGUUUUUAAAUAAUACAUGGGGCGGGUGUGCGCGUGCGUCCAUUCAUCUUUCCAGUUAAGAAAUCCUGCCCGGAUCAGGCUGAAGAAGGGGGUCGACAGUCCAAAUCGCACGCGGUUCUUCUGGAGUGAGGGAUGUACGGACGGGCGGCAACUGAGUUCGCUAUCGAAUUGCCUCUGAAGAAAGUUGACGCGAUUCGCUCCCUGAUGUUGAAGUGCCAUAUUUCUGUCCCCUGCAUUUUCCUAUUUACAACGCUUUGUAAAAAUAAGCGCUGCCUUGGUGAAACUGCUUUUCCUAAUGCCGAAUGUCUAUUAAAAACACGGACCCGUCAGACUUCA